UAAUGCCCCUUGCAGGAACUCCGGCUCCUAUCAAGACGAAAAAGUCCACUAAACUCAUUGGGAAACUAACUCGUGAAGUCAUGCCACAAGAAGGGUCCAAGCUGAACUUGGGGAAGAAGAUCAGCAUCCCCAGGGAUGUGAUGCUAGAAGAGCUCUCACUCCUCACCAACAAAGGAUCCAAGAUGUUCAAACUACGCCAGCUGAGAGUAGAGAAAUUCAUUUAUGAGAAUCACCCCGACAUCUUCACUGACAGUUCCGUGGAUCACUUUCAGAAGUUCAUCCCUGCUGUUGGAGGACAUUACGGAGGAGAAGCUCAUGGUUACUUGCACAGUGGUGGGCGGAUGGUGGGUGGAGUAACUGCAGGGCAGUAUGGAUCUAGUAAGCUGCACUAUCCCCCUGCCCCUCCUCCUAAGCCUGGGAGCAAAGGCGGUGCUGGGGGCACGGAAGCGGAUCAUGCCGGGGGCUCAGCCGGCAGUGGGGGAGGAGUGGAUGGUGGAGGAAGUGACGCUGCUGGAAAAGGUGAAAAGUCAGGAGGUGGAAAAAAAGUCUCUGUCUUUAAGACCUAUAUCUCUCCAUGGGAGCGAGCUAUGGGCAUCAGCCCUCAGGAGAAAAGUCAAUUCACCAUUGACUUGUUGUCGUAUGGUCCCAAAGUUGAACUCCCCCAUUACAAAUCUUUUAACAGGACUGCCAUGCCUUAUGGUGGGUACGAGAAGGCACGCAAGCUGAUGACCUUCCAGAUGCCUGAGUUUGAUGUUGGUCCUUUAGUGCCAGAACCCAUCAUUGUCUAUAAUCAAGAAAUCAACACUAGACCCUCCUUCAAUAGGACCCCAAUCCCCUGGCAGGCGUCAGGAGAACCCACGGAGUACAACAUCGAGAUCAAAGUGCCGAUGGACGGUGAAACAGAAGAGCUAUAA